CUGUAAAUGAUAAAAAAAAAAUGUCAGCUGGGUGAAAGCAGUUGAAGUGUCAGAUAAACUUACACUUGUGGAGUUCACUCAUCGAUUCAAUCUGUGCCCCUUUGGUUCGCUCUGCCCUCCAUUCAGGCUGUGUAGUCGAACACGGUUUCUGUUGACGUGGUAACGGCGCUGUUAUCAGUGUGUUUGGAAAUAUCCGGAUAUCGAUGAGUAAAAGUGAAUAAAACUGAACAUUUCAAAGCGAGCAGCCAUGCUGGACUUUGCCAUCUUUGCUGUAACGUUUGUCAUCAUUCUGGUCGGCGCUGUUCUCUAUCUGUACCCGUCAUCCAGGAGGGCCUCUGGCAUCCCAGGUCUCAACCCCACUGAUGAAAAGGAUGGAAACCUGCAGGACAUCGUGAACAGAGGCAGCCUGCAUGAGUUCCUGGUCAGUCUGCAUCAGGAGUUUGGUUCUGUGGCGUCGUUCUGGUUCGGCGGUCGGCCGGUGGUCAGUCUGGGCGCCGUGAAGCAGCUUCAGCAGCACAUCAACCCAAACCACAGCACGGACUCCUUUGAGACGAUGCUGAAGUCGUUGCUCGGCUACCAGUCGGGGACGGGCGUUUCCGGGGAGACGGUGAUCAGGAAGAAGCUCUACGAGACGGCCAUCACCAACACGCUGCAGAACAACUUCCCUCUGGUGCUGAAGCUGGUGGAGGAGCUGGUGGGGAAGUGGAGGUCUUACCCGGAGGCCCAGCACACCCCGCUGUGUGCCCACCUGCUGGGCCUCGCCAUGAAGACCGUCACCCAGCUGGCUCUGGGGGAACGCUUCAGAGACGACGCUCAGGUGAUUUCGUUCCGCAAGAACCACGACGCGAUCUGGUCAGAAAUCGGUAAAGGCUACCUGGACGGCUCGCUGGAGAAGAGCUCCAGCAGGAAAGGACAUUAUGAGAAAGCUCUGUCAGAGAUGGAGUCUGUGCUGCUGUCGGUGGCGAAGGAGAGGAAGUCUCAGAGGAAGCAGUCGGUGUUUAUGGACGCUUUGCUUCAGUCCAGCCUCACAGAUCGACAGAUCAUGGAGGACUGCAUGGUUUUCACUUUGGCUGGAUGUGUCAUCACUGCCAACUUGUGUAUCUGGGCUCUUCACUUCUUGUCCACCUCAGAGGAAGUCCAGGACAAGCUGUACCAGGAGCUGCAGGACGUUCUGGGUUCAGAUCCAGUUUCCCUGGACAAGAUUCCUCAGCUCAGAUACUGCCAACAGGUCCUGAACGAGACGGUGAGAACGGCCAAACUGACCCCCGUCGCCGCUCGGCUUCAGGAAGUGGAGGGCAAAGUCGAUCAGCACGUCAUCCCCAAAGAGACUUUGGUCAUCUACGCUUUGGGAGUUGUUCUGCAAGAUGCUGACACCUGGGACGUCCCGUACAGGUUUGAUCCAGAUCGAUUUGAGGAGGAAUCAGCCAGGAAGAGCUUCUGUCUGCUCGGUUUCUCUGGGAAUCAGACGUGUCCAGAGCUCAGGUUCGCCUACACCGUCACUACAGUCCUGCUCAGCUCGGUGGUUCGGCAGCUGAAGCUUCACCGGCUGAAGGGGCAAACGGCGGAGGUCCGGUCUGAGCUGGUUUCUACGCCUAAAGACGAAACCUGGAUCACCGUCAGCAGAAGAAGCAGCAGCUAGUCUCUAAAACGGAAACAUCUUCACGGAGAUGAUUACCAGCAGAGUAUUAAAAAUCUCAGAAAUACAUCAUUUCUCCGCCAACAUAAUGGUAGUUUGGAAUUAAGCUCUUAAUUUUUAUCAUUUUAACGACAGUCAGUUAUUUUUGCACCACCGUCGUCUUUCUGGUGCUUUUUACUGCUCAGUAUUCGGAGGCCUUAAGCACAUUUUUAAAUGUUCACAGUUCAAGUUUGCAUUUUUUGAAAGUCUCUCGUGUGUUCAGGAGGGAAACUCGACGCUCUAAAGUUUCUGUGAUGUCGAGAAAAUCAACUUGUGCCAGCUAAAGUUUACCAUAAUUUCCAGAAUAACUGCCUUUAACCAGAGUGUAGACAUGUUUGUCUAACGAAAUGAGCCACGCUGUUCUAAGACGUUUCACUUCAUCCUUUAUAUUAAAGAUGUAUGAAGA